CGCGAGAUUGAUAUAUGGAAACGCCUCCGCCAUCCCCAUAUUUUGCCAUUUUUCGGAGCCUGUUCUAUCGCAGACCCGCCAUUCGCUAUAUCCGCCUUAAAGCAAGCGGAUGCCUCUAGUUAUCUACGAAGCAAUCCAGAUGCGGAUAGAAUUCAAAUCAUCUUGGAGGCCAUUCUAGGGCUCAUAUAUCUGCACGAACACUCAGUCGUUCACGGCGACCUCAAAGCUUCGAAUAUAUUGAUUGACGAGCGCGGAGUCGCUUGUCUCGCUGAUUUCGGGUUGUCAAAGCUUCGGAUGCAUACCACGACCAUUCGCAGCAGAUCUACGGGCCGGAUGGGCACGGGAACAUCUCGCUGGAUGUCUCCAGAACAGAUGUGUUUGGGCAUUAUCAACAGGAAGACGGAUAUUUAUAGUCUGGCUAUGACCAUCUAUGAGGCGAGCGCAACUUGA